UGCAAACACAAACUGAAGACCCAACACCAUGAGCUCCUUUACAAUAUCUGCAGCCGUUUUAAUGAUCAGCAGGCCAUGGUUCAUUAUGUUUCUACUCUGCUCCGGUCCACUGAAAGCCCAGCUGGGGACUACCCCCAACAUUAAACACAUUGUGGUGGGACGGUGUUUCAAUUACAUCACACUAGUUAACCCCAGUCUAAGGUUGGACUGUGAGGAGAUCUGGAGACAGUUUGAGGAGGCGGUUGUCCGUCAGUCCUCUUGUAAUGUCACUGUGGAGGAUUAUAAUCACAUGUUUUAUGCAAUGGCACAAACCUGGCCCUGUGAUAGGUUCCUCUUCUGGAGUAAAACCAGGACACUGAUGCACAUCUACGCAGCUGUUGUCCCUCACUACUGGACCCUGGAGGACACGCUGGUUGGCUACAUGUUUAAUGACCUCAUCUGGUGUGGACAAGAGGAAGACUCCGGUUUUGAUUUCAGUUCUUGUCCGGAGUGGUCGGCCUGUAGGAAUCAUCCAGUGUAUUCCUUGUGGAGGCAAGCCUCACAAAAUUUUGCAGAAAUGGCAUGUGGAAACAUCACCGUGUUACUGAAUGGGUCUAUUGUCAACGCGUUCAGUAGGAAAAGCAUGUUUGGGAGUGAUGAACUGGACAGUCUGAACGCAUGCCGGGUGGAUUACGUUAACAUAAAAGUGGUGACCAAUCUAGAUGGACCUUUUAUAGAGUCAUGUAGUGAAGGAUCCAUUGUAGACCUGAUCCAGAUCCUCCAGUCCAGAGGGUUCCGCUGGACUUGCACAGACAACGAGGAGACCCUGAUGAUCCUUCAGUGUAUCCAGAACCCCAAACAAGCCUCCUGCCAAACAUGUGGGAGCAGCCUCUCGCAGUUAAAGAGCCUCACAUUAACCUGACCCCUCCCCCCCACCUCAGAGAGUCAGCAUGUAUUAUGAUAUUGUUUUUUUAAAGAUGGAUACACUCAAACUGGAUGCUCAAAAGAUUUCCUGUAUUAAAGCUGACUGUUCUCUUACUUCCAUUCACUUUUCAUUGAUCCCAUUUGAUUAGG